AUGAACACGUCUAACAAACGAAUGAUUAACGUGAAUGAUAGCCAAAAUGCAAAACGGAUAAAAAAGGAAUGCAGUUAUGGUGAAAAGUGUUACAGAUUAAACCCAGCACAUUUUCGGGAAUUCAGUCAUCCUCAUUUAGAAGAAAUACUAGAUAACUUUUCGGGGACGGGAGAUUAUGACAUUCCGCAGAAGUAUUCCAUGCAAAGAUCUCAAAUAAUAGAUCAGCUAAAUGUUAUUGUUGAGAAAAACUUGUACAUCGCUAAAGGAAAGGAGGAGAAGAAAGAAACAGAAGACCCAAAGUCGUCCGCCCCAAAGAUUAUAGAAAAUCAAACUCAAAAUGCACAUACAAAUAAAACUAAACCUGAAGAAGUACCGAAGGUGGAAAGUAAGCUUAAGGAUAAUAUUAGAAUAAACGAUGAGAUCAGCCGAGGAACAUGUCAAGAAAGAAAAGUUAGAGAUUCCGAUUACCGACCUAUUGUGCCACCUACCCGCAAAUAUUCGGACUAUUUCAAGGUGGUUCCACCCAAAAACAAGAUGGCGGAAAAACACGAUGCCAGCGCCCCCUACUAUAUCUUUUACACUACGAUAACGGACGCUAAGGAAACUCACGCGCAGCCUUAUUCUAUUACUUUUCAGGAAUUAUUGGAUCCAAGCUUGGGUGAACUAAAGUGCUCGCUACAAAUAAACUUCAUGGUGGACGCGAGUUGGCUUCUGGCGCAGUAUUACUUCGCUGGUUACAGCGCUAAGAAGCUAACCAUCCUUUAUGGAGAUGAGAGUCCAGAUCUGAAGAAUAUAGACAAGAAGAAGCCAAAUGUCGAAGCGCACUUCGUUACCAUGGCAACGCCAUUUGGCAAGCAUCAUACAAAAAUGAUGAUUCUCUGCUAUGAAGAUGGAUCUUUGAGGGUAGUUGUGUCAACAGCUAACCUAUAUGUGGACGAUUGGGAGAACAGAACACAAGGUCUAUGGUUCAGCCCGAAGUGUCCAGAACUACCCGCAGAAGCGAUGCCGCACGACGGGGAAUCCCCUACAAUGUUCAAGAAGUCUCUGUUGCGUUAUUUGAGCCACUAUCACUUGCCGCAGCUCACUUUUUACACGGACAGGGUUAAGCGAUGCGAUUUUUCGCAUAUCAACGUGUUCCUUGUCGCGUCAGCCCCAGGGGCCCAUUUCGACCUGGACUGGGGUCUGACUCGGGUCGGUUCGUUACUUCGUCAGCACUGCUGUAUACCACCAGCGGAGACCAGCCGGUGGCCGCUGCUGGCACAGGCGAGCAGCAUCGGCAGCUUUGGGAAGGAGCCGAAGUUAUGGUUGACCGGCGACUUUCUUCACAACUUCACGAAGAUUAAGGACCAAUCUCAGAUGUUGUCCACGCCCGCGCCUCUAAGGCUUAUAUAUCCGUCGUUAGAAAACGUGAGACAGUCCCACGAUGGGCUAUUGGGCGGUGGAUGCCUGCCGUACGCUGCGAGCGCGCACGCGAAACAACCGUGGCUCAACCAGUUCCUAUAUCAAUGGCGAGCGACGUCCACGAAACGGGACAAAGCGAUGCCGCACAUAAAGUCCUACACCCGUACGUCGCCCGACAACAAAAUGGCGGCGUACUACCUCCUCACGUCCGGGAAUGUGAGCAAAGCAGCCUGGGGCUCCAUUAACAAGGGCAACGGGGCCCUAAGGAUCAUGAGCUAUGAGUGUGGUGUUCUCUUCUUGCCUAAGUUUGUGAUAAACGAAGAUCUAUUCCCGUUGAGUGGGAAUUCUCCAAAACGCCUAAUAAUACCAUACGACAUCCCCCCCACAAAAUAUAGCAGUGAUAUGUCGCCAUGGGUCUCUGACUAUUUGUCGUAA